AUGGAAUCGGAGGAUGAUUUCUAUAUGAACAAUGCCAACGAAUCGGGGGAAGACGAUUUCUACAGUGACGGCGAUGAUGAUGCUGGGGCCAUGGAUACUUACGAUGAUUCCGAUGCCGAUGAUGCUGGUUACGAGGUCAGUGAUCACGAUUCCGAUGACUCCGUUGAUUUUUCGUCUCAUAGUCAUCAGCAAAAUUAUACCAUUUUGAGUGAAGUAGAUAUUCGUCAACGUCAAGAGGAAGACAUCACUAGGAUAUCUACUGUGCUUUCCAUCUCAAAGGUUGAAGCAGGCAUUCUACUACACUAUUAUAACUGGAACGUCAGUAAAGUACAUGACGAAUGGUUUGCAGAUGAGGAAAAGGUUCGCAGGUCUGUUGGCUUAUUGGAUAAGCGUGUAGUCUCAUUUCGAGAUGGUAGUGAAAUGACUUGUGGGAUAUGUUUUGAUUCUUAUCUUUGUGAUCUACUUCAUGCUGCUGCAUGCGGUCAUCCUUUUUGUAAAUCUUGCUGGUCAGGCUAUAUUAGCACAGCCAUUAAUGAUGGUCCCGGAUGUUUGACGUUGCGAUGUCCUGAUCCAUCCUGUGCUGCUGUUGUUGGUCAAGAUAUGAUAAAUGCAUUGGCUUCUGAUGAAGAAAGAGAGAAGUAUUCCCGUUAUCUCAUUAGAUCUUAUGUUGAAGACAAUAGGAAGACCAAAUGGUGUCCUGCACCAGGGUGUGAUUACGCUGUGGAUUUUAUUUUUGGUAGUGGAAAUUAUGAUGUUACCUGUCGCUGCUCAUAUGUCUUUUGUUGGAAUUGCACUGAGGAUGCUCACCGCCCUGUUGAUUGUGGAACUGUAGCCAAGUGGAUACUGAAAAACAGUGCAGAGUCUGAAAAUAUGAAUUGGAUAUUGGCCAACUCCAAGCCUUGUCCAAAAUGCAAGCGUCCAAUAGAGAAGAACCACGGAUGUAUGCAUAUGACAUGCACACCACCAUGUAAAUUUGAAUUUUGCUGGCUUUGCCUUGGUGCAUGGGCAGAUCAUGGUGAGGUAACUGGUGGUUAUUAUGCUUGCAACCGUUAUGAGACAGCAAAAAAAGAGGGCACAUUUGAUGAGGAGGAGAAACGAAGAGAGAUGGCUAAAUUAUCUGUAGAGAAAUAUACCCAUUAUUAUGAACGAUGGGCAACCAACCAAUCAUCUAGGCAAAAGGCAAAGGCUGAUCUACAGCAAAUGCAGUCUGUGCAUCUUGAGAAGUUGAGUGAGACACAGUGCCAACCUGAAUCACAACUGAAGUUCAUCAUCGAGGCAUGGCUACAGAUAGUAGAAUGUAGGAGAGUCCUAAAAUGGACUUAUGCAUAUGGAUAUUAUUUACCAGAAGAGGAACAUGCUAAAAGGCAAUUGUUUGAAUACCUUCAAGGCGAGGCUGAGUCUGGGUUAGAAAGACUUCAUCAAUGUGCAGAGAAGGAGCUUCAGGUUUACCUCAAUGCAGAGGGACCAUUAAAAGAUUUUAACAAGUUCCGUUCAAAACUUGCUGGACUGACCAGUGUGACACGGAAUUUCUUUGAGAAUUUAGUUCGAGCUCUGGAAAAUGGCCUAUCAGAUGUGCACUCUGGUGGAGCUUGCAGUAGGAUGGGGAGUUCAAAGAGCUUGGGAGGUGGUAGCAGUAGGGGAAGAAGUGGGAAGGGCAAAGCUUCAACCCCUAGAUCCAGCGGCUCUAACAGAAGUAAUGAUGAUUCAAGCCAUUGAUCUUGCCUACUGGCCUUGCCAAAGGGAGGGGGAAACAGGCGGUACAGCACAACACAACAUAGUGGCAUCGGUAAAACGGAUGCUUGGAGGAAGAGAGGUGACUUUGUCUAUAUUUGAUACCUGUAUGUAAUAGUUCCUCUCUCCAUUUCCCAACUGCACGCUGAACUCGACUUGUCACAUGUAGCUCCUGUCUUCCCAAUGUAUUCAUAUGUAAUUUCUACUAUUGUACAGUUUAAGCUCUUCAUCACAAGCGAAAGGCUUUCAGGUGGACUGCAAAUGAAACUGCUUGCAUUGCAUAUGAUAAAUAAAUUAUAGAAUGUUGUGAAA